AUGUCUGCUCCAACAGCCGAUGUGUCCACAACAACAGCAACGCCAAUAACUACAAAAACUACAACAACAACAACAACAACAAAAACUACAACAACAAAAACUACAACAACAAAAACAACAACAACAAAAACAACAACAACAAAAACAACAACAACAAAAACUACAACAACAAAAACUACAACAACAACUACAACAACUACAACUGCAACUACAACAACAACAACAACAACAACAACAACAACAACAACAACAACAACAACAACAAGUACAACUACAAGUACAACUACAAGUACAACUACAAGUACAACUACAAGUACAACAACAACAACAACAACUACAACUACAACUACAACUACAACUACAACUACAACAACAACAACAACUACAACAAGUACAACUACAAGUACAACUACAAGUACAACUACAAGUACAACUACAAGUACAACUACAAGUACAACUACAAGUACAACUACAAGUACAACUACAAGUACAACUACAAGUACAACUACAAGUACAACAACAACAACAACAACAACUAAAACAACUACAACUACAACUACAACUACAACUACAACAACAACAACUAAAACAACAACAACUACUACUAGUAAGUAA